UGGGGAAUGGGUAUAAAUUUCCUUGAAAAUUGUGAGAAGUAAAUAAGUUAAUGGCUAAAGCUUUUGUUUUGGUCAAAAUUGUAUUUAUUUUAAGUUUUGUUGUUCUGCCUAAUUUUAGUUUUUUUCAUUUCAAGAGAUACAGUUUUCGAAGGAAGGGUGGUAAUGAGAGACGUUACCGCUCACAAGAAGAGAAUUGCAAACAAAAUGAAAGGUGUCAAUCAUUGCAUGGACUAGAUAGAGAGAAAUGUGUCAAAAUUUGUAUCUCUGAAUCAUGUUAUGAGGAGCUUUAUUCUUGGAAUGAGUUAGAAGAAGGUGAAAUCGAUGUUCGCCUGACAUCAUUUAAAGGAUGUGUUGUGAAGCAAAUCAAAGAGAAUGAAAUGAGACAGAGAAGAAAGGAACAAUUGUGAAACAAAUUGUUUUGACAGUUUGUCUUCCCUUCGAUAUGAGAUACAGUUGUAAGACAUUUCGUCAAUAAUCUCAACUUUUCUCACUUGCAUGUUUGAACAAGCAGUAAAAAUCACAACAUUCAUAAGUUCAAGAUAAUAACUGUUACAUUUUUGAACUGUUACAAUCUUAGAAGCUCAACAAUUGUAAUAUAUUCAUCUCUGUUAUCAUACUUACAUAUGGGAUGUACAGUGGUGAACCUGUUUAUGAAAUUUAUUAAAAAAUAAACUUGAGAGCAUGAA